CAGGGCGCAUGCGCGCGCGCUGACGUCCAGCGUGGGACGAUGGCGGCGCUCAGGGCUCUGUGCAGGCUGCGGGCACCUUCAGGGCCAUGGGUGCCAGGGAGGGCGCUGGGGGCAGCGCCCAGCAGAGGAAAACAGUGGCAGCCAGAUAAGGACUUCAUGAAGCAGUUCGAAGGCGCAGUCAUGUACCCUAGCAAAAUGACAGAAAAGUGGGUUCUUCCACCGUGGAACGAUAGGGAUCCGGUAGUAGGGAGGCUGGCCAACAUCACGCUCAACUUUGGGCCCCAACACCCUGCAGCUCACGGGGUCCUGCGCCUGGUGAUGGUGCUGAGCGGGGAGAAUGUGAGGAAGUGCGACCCCCACAUCGGCUUGCUUCACCGAGGAACAGAGAAACUGAUAGAAUACAAGACCUAUCUUCAGGCCUUGCCGUAUUUUGAUCGGCUUGAUUACGUCUCCAUGAUGUGCAAUGAACAGGCAUAUUCUUUGGCUGUCGAAAAACUGCUCAAUAUUCAACCGCCCUUGAGAGCUCAGUGGAUCCGAGUUCUCUUUGGAGAAAUCACACGACUUCUAAAUCACAUCAUGGCCAUUACCACCCAUGCUCUGGACGUUGGGGCCAUGACCCCCUUCUUCUGGAUGUUUGAAGAGAGGGAAAAGAUGUUUGAAUUCUACGAGCGGGUUUCCGGAGCUCGGAUGCACGCCGCUUACGUCCGGCCAGGGGGGGUCCACCAGGAUAUGCCGCUCGGGUUGAUGGACGACAUCUACGAAUUCAUGAAGAAUUUCUCAGCCCGGAUCGAUGAGGUGGAGGAGAUGUUAACCAACAACCGAAUUUGGAGGAACCGCACAAUCGAUAUCGGGGUGAUCUCAGCCGAAGACGCCCUCAAUUGUGGCUUUAGCGGUGUGAUGCUUCGCGGGUCGGGGAUCCACUGGGAUCUCCGCAAAACCCAGCCUUACGACGCCUACGACCAGGUGGAGUUCGACGUGCCGAUCGGGUCCAACGGAGACUGUUACGACAGGUACCUGUGCCGCAUCGAAGAGAUGCGUCAGUCGCUCCGCAUCAUCUUGCAGGCCCUCAACAGGAUGCCGGAAGGAGAGGUCAAAGUGGACGACGCCAAGGUCUCACCGCCUAAGCGAGCCGAGAUGAAGACGUCCAUGGAGUCUCUCAUUCAUCAUUUCAAGCUUUACACGGAGGGCUACCAAGUGCCUCCCGGGGCCACCUACACUGCCAUCGAGGCUCCCAAGGGCGAGUUUGGGGUGUAUCUGGUGUCGGAUGGCAGCAGCCGUCCCUAUCGCUGCAAGAUCAAAGCGCCUGGCUUUGCUCACCUGGCCUCCUUGGAUAAAAUGUCAAAGGGUCACAUGCUUGCAGACGUGGUGGCCAUCAUUGGCACCCAGGAUAUUGUCUUCGGUGAAGUGGAUAGAUAGAUCAGCGUUCAGCCCGGGGGAGACGGGACAGGAAGCCCCCUCUCGCUGUGGACGCCAGCUGCCCCCCACGAGGAAUCUUAACUCAGCACCCUACUGUUCAUCUUGUGUGUUUUCAAUGUAAUUGGUCCUGGA